GUUGUCAGGCAAACUAUAAGACAGCAGUAGCAGCAGAGAUCUGCAAUAGAUAAACACAGUCUCACACACACCAGCUGGAUUGCUCGCAGACACACACCACAACUACAGAGAGACAGACGCUGUAGAAUUAGAGAACGGUGGCUCCAGCUUCUCUAAUCUUCUAUUUUAAUGGGCUUAUUGUCAUCUAUCAUUUCAGUGGAAAACAGCCACAGAGAAAGAAAUCGGCAGGUGUGCCCUUUAAGAGGGGGAGCAGCUGAGGCAAGGACGGCAUCAGAGUCUCCAUCCUCUGUGGAGGGUUUGCGGUUCUGAAGAGUGCAAGAAACAGCGGUGGUCAGCCAAAUCUCUCCGGUUUUCUGUUCUCGUUCCUUCCAUCUGGACAUAGGCUGCAAUGGUUGGCAGUAUUCAAAGGCCCACACCUGUCUGAGUGAGCCCUAUGAACAGAAGACCCAAUGGACAUCAAAGGCCAGUGUUGGACAGACGAGGAGUCGGACGGGGAGAAUGAGUCCGAACAGUUCCUGUAUGGUAUUCAGGGGAGCUGCGCUGCUGACCUGUACCGCCACCCUCAACUAGAUGCAGAUAUUGAGGCAGUAAAAGACAUCUACACUGACAGUGCUGUCUCUGUUAGGGAGUAUGGAACCAUUGAUGACGUGGACAUCGAUCUUCAUAUUAACAUCAGUUUUUUAGAUGAGGAGGUUGCGACAGCUUGGAAAGUUAUCAGAACAGAGCCCAUUAUUCUGAGACUGCGCUUUUCUCUUUCUCAGUACCUCGAUGGACCUGAACCGUCAGUAGAAGUGUUCCAGCCCUCCAAUAAAGAAGGCUUUAGCCUGGGCCUGCAGCUCAAAAAGAUCCUGAGCACGUUCACCUCACAGCAGUGGAAGCACCUCAGUAAUGAGUUCCUCAAGGCCCAGCAGGAGAAGAGGCACAGCUGGUUCAAAGCCGGAGGAACCAUCAAGAAGUUCCGAGCCGGACUCAGCAUCUUCUCCCCCAUACCCAAGUCUCCGAGUUUUCCUUUGAUCCAAGACACAGUUUUAAAAGGGAAGCUGAGCGUCCCUGAGCUGAGAGUGACCCGCCUGAUGAACCGCUCCAUCUCAUGUACCAUGAAGAACCCCAAAGGGGAGCUCUUCAACUAUCCCCCAAACAGCCAGACUGUGGCUGUCCCGGCGGCCAGGGCCCCUGCGCAGAUUACCACGAGGCAGCUGAUUGAAUUGUUUUUCUCAUCCCAGGCGGGCGGCCACUGCAAGAACAUCCCUACCUUGGAGUAUGGCUUCUUAGUGCAGAUAAUGAAGUACUCGGAGCAGAGGAUCCCCACACUCAACGAGUACUGUGUGGUGUGUGACGAACAGCACGUCUUUCAGAACGGAUCCAUGCUGAAGCCGGCUGUGUGCACCAGGGAGCUGUGUGUGUUCUCCUUCUACACUCUGGGUGUGAUGUCUGGAGCUGCAGAGGAAGUGGCCACCGGAGCAGAGGUAGUGGACCUACUUGUGGCUAUGUGUCGAGCUGCUCUGGAGUCUCCCCGUAAGAGCAUCAUCUUUGAGCCGUACCCAUCAGUUGUUGACCCCAAUGACCCCAAGACCCUGGCCUUCAACCCAAAGAAGAAGAAUUAUGAGAGACUGCAGAAAGCAUUGGACAGCGUCAUGUCCAUUCGGGAAAUGACCCAGGGCUCAUAUCUAGAGAUCAAGAAACAGAUGGACAAACUUGACCCUUUAGCUCAUCCCCUGCUACAGUGGAUUAUUUCCAGUAACAGGUCUCAUAUUGUCAAGCUGCCUCUGAGUAGGCAACUGAAAUUCAUGCACACCUCCCACCAGUUCCUGCUGCUCAGCAGCCCCCCAGCAAAGGAGGCUCGUUUUCGCACUGCCAAGAAGCUAUAUGGCAGCACCUUCGCCUUCCAUGGUUCCCAUAUAGAGAACUGGCACUCUGUUCUGAGAAAUGGACUAGUCAAUGCCUCUUAUACCAAACUGCAGCUGCAUGGGGCAGCGUAUGGAAAGGGGAUCUAUCUGAGCCCCAUCUCCAGCAUAUCUUUUGGAUACUCAGGAAUGGGGAAAGGACAGCACCGCAUGCCCACCAAAGAUGAACUGGUGCAGCGUUACAACCGCAUGAAUACCAUACCACAGAGCCGUCCAAUACAAUCAAGGUUUCUUCAGAGUCGAAAUCUCAACUGCAUCGCUUUGUGUGAAGUUAUCACAUCUAAGGAUCUGCAGAAACAUGGUAACAUCUGGGUGUGUCCAGUAUCUGACCAUGUCUGUACUCGCUUCUUUUUUGUGUACGAGGAUGGCCAAGUAGGAGAUGCCAACAUCAACACCCAGGAGCCUAAGGUGCAGAAAGAGAUCAUGCGUGUGAUUGGAACCCAGAUCUACUCCAGCUAAUGGCAGUUCUCCCUACGUCUCUCUGGCGGAGGCACACAGAAAGGCAGACAGCGAAUGUUUGGGCGGGGCCGACCUCAGGCCCGAUACAGAAGGCUGAGGGAGCUAUUGAGCACAUGAAGUUGUUUUGUUCAUUUCCCCUCAUUUUCCUCUCAAUUGUUUGUUCCUCUUCUCCGAGUGGUUACACAUUACAUGUUCAUUUAACCUUCAGUUAAAGUCAGUCUGCUUCUCUCCGUUAACACACUCAUGAAGAAAA